AUGCCACCCGAACCAGACGGACCAAGUGGAUUCGAACGAAUGGAUUCAAAUGGUAAUCAUGGUGGAGAAAAAAAACCAUUUAUGUAUCGUGUCAAAACUGGUUUAACCAAUUUUAUGAAAUCAUUUCGUAUUUUUCUUUAUAAUAAAGAACAUCAAACAUUUUUUGGAAAUACAAGUUCAUCAUGGAUUAAAAUUUCUAUAUAUUAUUUCUUUUUCUAUCUUUGUUUGGGUCUAUUCUUUUCCGGUAUGAUUGCUGUAUUUGCUGCUAUUGUAUCACGUGAAUCACCAACAUAUACAUAUCGUCAUAAUCAAAUGAAAGUUGGCGGAAAAUUUUGUAUUGGAAUGGGUUUUCGACCAAUGCCUGAUAUAACUUCAACAUCACUCACUGUUUAUGGCGAUUCACAAUCACAAAAUACAACAGUAUCGUCUUUGACAUCUUUUCGAUAUAAUUUUCUUACACAAUAUGAUACAACAUAUUUAGAAGAAUGUAGUCCAUUUAAUCCAGCUUCAAAACUUCGAGGAAGUCAUUCAUGUAAAUUUUCUUGGGAUGAUAUUGUUACAAGUGACGCACAUCCUUGUUCAACUGAAAAAAUGUAUGGAUGGCCAAUAGGUCAACCGUGUAUACUUAUUAAACUAAAUCAAAUUUAUGGUUGGAUGCCAGCUGAUGGUAAUAUCAUCGAUGCAGUAGCCAAUGCUACAGGUCAGCCAAUACUUCCUAUUGAUCAACAGGGGCAAAAUAUUUAUAUAACUUGUGAGGGUAGAGAACAAGAAGAUAAAAAUAAGACUGGUAGUAUGAUAUAUUAUUCAAUUUUACAUCCACUUGGUAUUCCAAAUUAUGGUGGUAUACCUUAUUAUUUUUUUCCCUAUAGAAAUGCAAGAGAAGAAGUUGAACCAUUUGUAUUAGUACAAUUUACGUCAUUACCAUUCGAUACGAAAGUGAAUAUAAUAUGCCGUGCUUGGGCACCAGAUAUUCAACAAUAUGUUCAAGGUUCAGCACGUCGUGGAGUUGUUACAUUUGAUAUAUUGAGAUCAAAUAAGAGUGCUCCUGUAACAAAAUAA